AUGCCUGGAGCUUCCGACAAGAACGGUCAUCCCCACUACGGCCUCACUCCUCGCGAGGUUGACCUCACCAUCCAGGCCAUGAUCACCCUGGCUGAGAACAACGUCAAGCCCGACUUCGAGAAGCUUGCCAAAAUGGCCAAGUACAAGGAUGCCAACGCUGCAAGCAAGAAUUGGUACUUCACCGACCGAAAGCUCAAGGGUGUUGGCACCGACGUCGAUGGUGAGGCCACCAACGACAACAAGGCCGGUGGAAAGCGUGGCAAGCGUCAGGCUGACGACAUGCCGCAGGCGCCUCCUGCCAAGCGCGGUCGUAAGCGGAAGACUGUCCAGGACGCUGCUGAGGAGGGUGAGGAUGAGGAGCAGAAGCUCGUCGUCAAGGGAGAGGCUGAGGACAUCUGA